AGAGUAAAUGAAAACAGCUAUGAUGACAAUGCACAAAGUGGGAGUGAGCGGCGCAAGCUGGAAUCGGCCGGCGAGUGCUUGGCGUGGACACGCCCAUGCCGCCCGGGCUGCUCAGGUGCCCACAUCGCGUGUCGGCGUGACCGCGGCGGCCGGUGCCGGCGGUGCCAGCUCAUCUGCUGCUGCCACCGCCACUGCUGCGCCGCCUGCGGCCGCCAGCUCUCCCGCAGCUCCGGACUGGAGCGAGCGCUUCCGUGUGCGGUCGGUGCCGGAGCAGUUUCGUGAGACGCGCCAAAAGGUGUGCAAGGAGUUCCUGGCUGGUGGACUGCUGUACCUCGAGUCCGGCGAGGCGCCCGCACGCAACGGCAGUGACGUGUUCCACCGCCACCGCUCCCACUCGCACUUCGUGUACGUGACGGGCUGCAUGGCGCCCGGGUACGGCGCCCUCAUUGACGCCGAGACAGGCCACUUCACGCUGCUGGCUCCGCGGCUGCCCGAGGAGGCGGCCUACUGGGUGGGCGCGGUGCCCUCGCUGGAGCAGCUGCAGCAGCAGUACGGCGCGGACAGAGUGGCGUACAUGGACGAGCUGAAGGCGCUGCUGGCGGCGGCGGCGGCGGCAGGCGGCGGGCGGGACCUGCACACGCUGCCGGGGCCGGCCGCAGACAAGCUCAAGACGGUGGUGCCUGCAGGGUGCCGUGUGACGUCCGACAUCCUGCCCUCCACCAUCGACCGCUGCCGCGCCACCAAGACCGAUGCGGAGGUGGCCUGCCUGUACACUGCCAGUGUGGCCAGUGGUGCCGCGCACAUGGACAUGUGGCGGGCGUGCAGGCCGGGCCUGACUGAGUUCCAGCUGGAGGCGGUGUUCGCCAUGUCCAGCCGGUGCCGCGGCGCACCCGACCUGGGCUACCCGGUCAUUGUGGGCACCGGGCCCAACGCCGCCGUCAUGCACUACGAGGCGGGGCCGGCGGCGGUGGAGCCGGGGCACCUGGUGCUGGUGGACGCGGGGGCGGAGUGGAGGUGCUACACCGCCGACAUCUCGCGCACCUUCCCCGCCUCGGGCCGCUUCGAGGGCGCGGCGCGGGACCUGUACGCCUCGGUACUGGAGGCGCAGCACCGGGCUCUGGAGGUUCUGUCUGCGGGCGGCGGCAGCGGCGUGAGCCUGCAGGACGGCGACCGGGCGGCGCGGGUGGCGCUGCUGGAGGGGCUGCGCGGCAUGGGGCUGCUGCGCCCGGAGGCGGCCGGCGGCAGCGGCUGGCUGGACGCGGCGCUGGAUCUCAAGGUGGACCGCACCUUCAUGCCGCACGGCGUGGGCCACCACCUGGGACUGGACGUGCACGACACCUCCGACACAGGGCCCGUGCCCAAGGGCCCGCUGGCGCCGGGCAUGGUGGUUACGGUGGAGCCGGGCGCCUACCUCAUCCCGCCGCUGCUGGCCAAGGCGCGGGCCGACCCCAAGGUUGCGCCCUUCAUCAACUUCGACCUGGCCGAGUCGCUGGCGGCAGGCGGGCUGGGCGGCGUGCGGAUUGAGGACAACGUGCUGCUGCUUGAUGGAAGCAAGGGCGCGCGGGCGGGGGCGGGGACGGGGGCGGGGGCGGGGGUUAGUGGCGGCGUGUCGGGUGCGGGGGUGCAGGGCCGGCUGUUCAACCUGACGGUGGCGGCGGGCUGCGCCAAGGAGAUGCGGGAGGUGGAGGACGUCAUGGCGGAGGAGUGGCGGCCGGCGGAGGCCAUGUCGCGCGUGGUGGGCUGAGGCCUGGGUGAGGGUAGGAGGAGGGCGAAAUGGCAGGAGGGUGUAGGUGCGGGGAGAUGUCGUGAAGGUUUAAUGAGCGAUAAGAGACUGGAUGGUGUGAGAGGGGCUGGACUCUGCAUGAGCGGAGAGGAAACAUGACAGAAGAGGAGUGACGUGAGGGGAGUCCAGCGUGAGGUUGGGGGACUUUGGGGUACGGCACCGUACUUGAGGUGGUGGGUGUCUCCGCGUGUGGGUGAUGAGCGAGCUGGGCGCAGAGCCAAACUGGCGGGAUCCAGGACUGAACAUGGUGACUGCGUGAUAAAGUACAUUAUCUCUUUGUAAUAUGUAUAUAGC